AUGGGCAGUGCCUUACAAGUGGCCCUCUCUAAACGCCACAUCGGGGUUGCAAAACUUCUCAUUGCUCGCGGUGCUACCCCGAUGGCGCGAGACGGGGGAUAUGGUGGCGCACUUGCCGCUCUUGCGGAUUCAGGUCAGGAAGAUAAUGGGAUGGUAGAGCUAGCAGAGACGCUGCUCAGCAUGAGCGAUGUUACCAUCCUACCUGAAGAUCUUGCAAAAGCUAUUGAGGCUGCUUCGCGAAAUGGGAACCAGAGAAUUGUGAAGCUAUUGAUUGAGAGAGGGGCCAACGUCAAUGGAAAGACUGAACGCCAUGGCUCUCUGCUCCAGGCUGCUUCAUUUGCAGGCCAUAAACAGGUAGUGCAGCUACUGCUUGACAAUGGCGCUGAUAUCAAUACUCAAGGUGGAAUCCACGGUAGCGCUUUGCAAGCUGCAUCAUUUUCAGGCCACAAGCCUAUAGUGCAACUACUGAUUGAAAGAGGCGCAGAUACUAACUUGAAAGGUGGUAUCUACGGAAGCCCUCUGCAAGCAGCCUCGUUCAUUGGCCACAGCCGGCUCGCGGAGCUGUUGAUCAGCCACGGCGCUGAGAUCAAUGCUGAAGGCGGGCGAUAUGGCAGCGCUCUUCAAGCAGCUUCCUCUCUCGACGGCAACAGAGCUGGCCGUCAUGCCAGGGAUGAUGUGAGUUUGGUUGAGCUGCUGCUUGAUCAAGGAGCCGAUAUCAAUGCUCAGGGGGGACAUUAUGGCAGCGCUCUACAGGCGGCAUCGGCCAGCGGCCGCGAAAAGGUGGUAGAGUUGCUGAUACGUCGUGGCGCAAACACCACAGCACAGGGCGGCUUGCACGGCGAUGCUCUUGCCGCCGCUUGUUGGCAUGGCCGCGAGUCAGUAGUACGGAACCUACUGGCCAACGGCGGUGGAAAUGCCAACGUCAGCAAUGCUCUGCAGGCCGCCGUGUCCAGACGCCAUACACAAGUUGUAAAGCUGCUUGUAGGUUAUGGUGCUAGCCUUGAUUUGCAGGGCAAGGAUUUGAGCGACAUGCUUGCUGCGCUUGUUGAUGCGGAUGAUGAAAGCGAGGAGACAAUAGAGCUUGCAGAGCUACUGCUUGAUCUCGGCGAUGGCAUUAUUGCACCAGCUACGGACUUUGCGGCGGGUCUCGCUGCGGCUUCAGGACGUGGUAGUCAAAGGAUUGCAAGGCUACUGAUAAACAAGGGCGCCGAUGUUAAUGCAGAUGCCGGACAUUUUGGCAGUUUCCUACAGGCAGCAUCAUGGCACAGCCGAAAGGAAUUGGUGGAGCUGUUAUUGAAAAGUGGCGCUGAUGUCAAUGCCAGUUGCGGAUGUUUUGGUAGCGCUCUACAGGCAGCGUCGUGCGGAGAUGCUCAGGAUAUAGCAAAGCUGCUUAUUGAAAAUGGCGCCGACGUCAACUUACAAAACAACCGCCCCCCCGCCUUGGUAGCGGCAUGCGCUACAGGAUACGAGCAGAUGGCAAGAUUGCUGCUCGACAAUGGCGCCGACAUUAGCAUUGAAGACCGGGAGUACGGUACUGCCUUGUAUGCUGCCUCAAAGUGUGGCAGCCAGCAGCUGGUGCAGCUUCUCAUCGAUCAUGGUGCAGAUGUCGACGUUCGCUGCGGAGUUUACGGAAACACCCCUCUUCAAGAAGCCUCUUAUAAGGGACAUGGGCAGGUGGUGAAGUUGCUGCUAGAUCGUGGUGCGGAUGUUAAUGCCCAAGGCGGCGAAUAUGGCAAUGCUCUUCAGGCCGCCUGCCACGUGGGCCAUAAGCACCUAGUGCAGGUAUUGAUCGAUGCCGGCGCUAUUGUCAAUGCUCAAGGUGGAAGAUACAACAAUGCUUUGUAUGCUGCAUUGGAAGGAAACCAUGUGCCAGUGGCUCGCGUACUUAUCAACAAUGGCGCCAAUAUUCAUGCUUUCAGUGGUGAGUAUGGCAGUCCUCUGCAAAUGGCAUCUCUCAAAGGCCAGGAUCAGAUGGUUAGAAUGUUGAUUGAUGAUGGCGCUCCUAUCAAUGCACAGGGCGGGAAACACGGUCACGCUCUUCAGGCAGCUGCCUUCGGCGGCUCAAUCGAUGUACCACGGCUCUUGAUUGAUCAAGGGGCUGAUGUUAAUGCUCGAGGCGGACAGUAUGGCAGUGCACUCUGCGCGGCGGUAGUCCAAGGCAGUACACAGCUUGCUCGUCUCUUAAUCACCAAAGGGGCCGAUAUCAAUGUUCAAGGUGGACAGCAUGGUAACGCUCUUUCAGCAGCCAUAUCCAGUGGCUAUGGUGAAUUAGCUGAGAUGUUGAUAGAAGAGGGUGCUGAUAUACAUGCAGCAGGAGGGCCUUAUGGCAAUGCUCUACAGGCUGCUGCGUUCAAAGGAAAUCAACAGCUAGUUAAGCUACUGAUCGAUAAAGGAGCUAGUGUCAAUGUACAGGGCGGCGAAUAUGGUAACGCCCUACAAGCAGCUUGUUAUGGAGGCCACGAACAACUUGCAAUGUUCCUGAUCGGUCAAGGAGCAGAUAUUGCCGGGCGGGGCGGGGUCUAUGGCAAUGCACUCCAAGCAGCCGCAGCGGGAGGUCACGUACAACUGGCCAUGCUUUUAAUGGACCAAGGCGCUGAUGUAAACGUCCAAGGUGGACACCACGGCAAUGCUCUCCAGGCUGCUGCCUGCGGAGGUCAUAAACAGCUGGUCAAAUUACUGCUUGACAGAGGUGCUUUUAUCAAUGCUCAAGGUGGAGAUGACGGCAGCGCUCUGCAAGCAGCUGUUUGUGAAGGACAUGAAGAAGUAGUGCAACUGCUCCUCGACGCCGGGGCAGAUGUCAACGUACAAGGGGGCUACUACGGCAAUGCACUUCAGGCAGCUUUAUCUAUGCGCAAAGUGCAGCUAGCCGAACUGUUGAUAGCACAAGGUGCUGAUAUCAGUGCAGAUGGGGGAUUCCAUGGCAAUGCUUUACAGGCUGCUGCUUAUGGAGGCAGCGAGGAACUCGUCAAGCUGCUGCUUGACAAAGGAAUUGAUGUUAAUAUUCAGGGAGGGGAGUACGGUAAUCCUCUACAGGCAGCUUCGUAUACAGGAUCAGCUCCAAUUGUGAAGCUAUUGAUAGACCGAGGAGCCAAUGUCUCUGCGGUUGGAGGAAGUCACGGUAGCGCUCUUGAAGCCGCAUUGUCACAAGGACAUCAGUCUAUCGUGGAGCUUCUGCGUACGAGCGGCGCAUGA